CUCGAAUUUAUUUUAGUUUUAGUUGCCCGAGUCGUGUGCAAUCGUGUGGAAGCCAAAGAAAGUAGAAAAUUGUGGAAAAGUGCAAAGCUCCAAGAUAAAUACAAAAAAAAGGCCAUACCCUCAUUAAGUUUGCACUGCAAGAAAAUCUGUCAUAACUAAGCAAGCAAUAAAAUUUAGUGUUGUAACUAAUUGAAUUGGAAAAGAAUUGAAUUUUAUAAUCGAUUCAUUGCAUUGUGCAAUGCGUGCAUGAGGAUUAUAUAAGCCAGAGAGACAGUUGGCAACUGUGAAUUGGAUUUCAGAUUGUGACCAAAUGCGUUUAAAACAUUUGCCUUAAGUCAUUGGCCAAACACACGCUAAAAGCCGGCAAAAUACAAAUAAAUAUUUAUUUUGCACUGGCUAUAUUUUUUGGCAACUGAAUUUUGACAGCCGCUGAAAGAAGUAGAAAAAAUAAACGAAAAAUAUAAAAACUGUUGCAACCGAAAGAGAAGGGCAAAAGAGAAGAGCGCAAGAGUGUGAGAGAGCGUAAAAAAUUAUAAAUAAAACGAGCAGAUACGCAAAAUAAGAGCAAACGCAAAAGAAACUUCGAGAAAAAUAAAAACAUAAAUAAACAACAAGGGAAAGAGUAAGAAAACAGCAGCAACAACAACAACAAUAAAAUUACGAUGCCGGAGCCAUUGGGAAUUCUGUGGUCCAUGCCAGAGACAAAGAAAAAGGCGCCCAUUAUCAAGGUAUCCUGCGGCAUUGGCGAUACCGAUGGUUUUCCCGCCUUUGACGUCGAGUCCGAUGUCUAUGACUCCAAGGAUGAUACGAAAUGGGGUUUUCUGAUAACCGGCGGCGCCGAAUUUCACAUGCCCUUAACCGUUUUCCAGGUAACACCCGAUGGUAUAGCUGACAAAUCGGGGGUACGUCUGGGCGAUAUAAUUCUCGAGAUAAACGAAGAGGACGCAACGCAGCUGACACUGGCCCAGGCACACGAGCGAAUCAACGCGACCCCAAAGAAGGUGCAGUUCCUCAUGCGCAACAUGGAGGAGGAUGAUCCCACGGGCAUGUUUGAGGCCGGUGAGGAGAAGUCGAUUGUGAUGCGUGUGCCAAAACCGAUGCCACCGCCAAAGGGCCGCGUGCUUCCAAGUUCCAUUGAGUUGCGUCUGCUGGAAAUGCAGCGAAAGCUCUCGGCCAUUGCUGAAAUACCAAAGAUUCUCAGCUCAACACUGGCCACAGUCUCACAAUCCUUUGGCACCAUGGACUGCGAAGUCGACUACGAGUCCGAGUCUGUGUACAAGCGCAAAUGUUCCUAUGAUGAAGAUGCACUCGAUUAUGAAUUGCUGGAGCAGCUGGAGAGCGAGUGUGUUAGUGAGGGGGAUGAGGAGGAUGAGGAUGAUCUGGUGCAGGUGCAGGAUGAGCUGGCCCUGAAACAAUUCGAAUCAAAGCCGCUUAAAGAUGCGACGCCGGAAUCGGAUUAUGCAUCGGAAGCCAAUUAUGCGACAAAUGAGACGAGUGAUGAGCCAGACAACGACAAAGAGCAUGAGAAUGAAGAUGAGGAUGAGGAUGAGCACAAGCAUGAAGACAGGCAGAUUUACUAUAUUAAACUGCCUGCAGGCGGAGACAUCAACCAGGAAGCUAAAGCAGACGCUUUGAAUAUCAGUUCCGAUGAUGAGGAUGUGGAUGAGGAUGAUGCAGAUGUGGAUGCAGAGGCGGAUGAUAAUGAUAGCGAUUUCUUGAGCACCACUUACACGUGGAAUCUGCGAAAUGUGCCCAAGCUGCGUGUAAACGAUGCCGAGGGCGUAUGUAAUUUGACGCUGAGCCCGCAGCUGGAGCCGGAACACAAUGCGAUUGACACUUCAAAGGUGCGAGCGGCGACGCCAACGCCAACGCCAACUUUAAUAUCAACCACUCAGUUGUCAUUGGAGGCGCCGCCAACGACAACAACAACAGCAACAGCAACGCUGACAACAGAGGCACCAUCACAAAAGCUGCUUUUCAAGCUGGAUAAUCUGGAACGCUCCUGGCCCUGGGCAGAUCGUGAGAAAAUCAUCUACAAACAAUCAACUUGUCAUUUAGUAUCACGCAAGCCGCUGGGACUUGUUGGCCAACGCAUUCAGCUGCUGGCCAAUCAGGAGCUCUUGCGCAAGGACCAAACGCCAUAGACCAAUGUCAAGGCAAACGUCAAAGUUGAACUCUUUUCUUUUAUUUCUUCUACAUUUUAUCUGCUUGUCAUUAGUUUAGGUGUCGCAUUCUUGGCAGGCGAACCAACUUUUAAUUGAGUUCAUUAUGCAAAUGCGUCAACAGCACACUCCACUUAACAGGCGCAGCCAAAGCCACAGCCACAGCCGCAACAUCACAGCCAGAGCACAACCGGGCGUAUGCGCAACUUUACUUCAACUCAUAUCCGAGUAUUCUUCUUCUUCAACUUC